GCGGACUUGAUAACAACAUAAUGGUAAAUGUUAUUUAAAUUUUUAAUGAAAUACUUGUUCAUUUUAAAAAAUAACCAUAAGCGUUCUCUUUUCAUUUAUUAGAAACUUUGGUAACAAUAACUAUAGUUAUCAAUUAUUCAGAUACCCCAGUUUAUCUAUAAAAAUUUAAUACAAUUCAGGACUAUAGAUAUUUAAAACAUGUAACUAAUCUACAUCAAGGUUAGCGAAUAAUGACUUUUUGAAUUGAAUGAUGUAAAAUAUGAUUUGACGUUUUUUUAUACAUUUUUAUAAUGUUACAAUUUUUAAAUUCUCAUAUUCCCAAUUGUAUCGUCUAUGGUGCGACAGCGGCAUAUUUCAGAGUUCGGGCUCGUCUGAAUAACGGAUUUAAUAGAUUUCACAGUAAUCAAGUUACUAUCGCAUUACAAAAAAUGAAGAUCAAAAUUCUUCCGGCUCUAUCGGACAACUAUAUGUAUUUAAUUACAUGUGAGAACACCAAGGAGGCAGCUGUAGUAGAUCCUGUUGAACCUGAUACUGUUCUGGAGGCCGUCGAAGCAGAAGGAGUAAAUCUUACAAAAGUUUUAACUACUCAUCAUCAUUGGGAUCAUGCUGGAGGUAACGAACAACUUGUAAAAAAAGCAAAAGGGUCUUUACAAGUUUUUGGUGGUGAUAAAAGAAUUGGUGCUUUAACUACUGAAGUGAAACAAGGUGAUAGUUUCAAGAUAGGUGACAUUACAGUUACGUGUUUAUUCACUCCUUGUCAUACAUCUGGACAUAUUUGUUAUUAUGUAACUGCACCUGAUCAACCACCAGCUGUUUUUACAGGUGAUACUUUAUUUGUGGCGGGAUGUGGAAGAUUCUUCGAAGGAACUGCAGAACAAAUGUAUUCGGCAUUGAUAGAAAAAUUGGGAAAUCUUCCAGACAAUACCAGAGUAUUUUGUGGCCAUGAAUAUACCACACAGAAUUUAAAAUUCGCUAGAUUUAUAGACAAGCACAAUCCUGAAAUAUUAAAGAAAAUGUCCUGGGCUGACGAACAGAGGAAAAAAGGUUUACCAACAGUGCCGUCGACUAUUGGAGAAGAGAAAAUAUAUAAUCCGUUUAUGAGAGUUAUGAUGGGCGAAAUUCAAAGUCAUGCUGGUACCAGUACUCCCGUUUCUACAAUGCAAUAUAUUAGACGAGAAAAAGAUGGUUUCGUUGCGGCAUAAAUUAUUGAAUUCAUUUUAAUAGAUUUUACGUUUCUUGAAUAUACAAAAUUAGUUUUUCCAAAAA